GCAGCGAGCGAUCAACACAAUCAUCACAAUCACCUCCAUGAGCGAAGAUAGCCUAGUAGUAGCCCAAGCAAAGUACAUCCAGUUCAACCAUGUCAAACAGUAAACGAAGCUCGCUUGGUGGAAGCGACAGCAUUGGAAGCAAGAAAGUGCCAAAAAGCAGCGAACAAUCCAGUCCCAGCGCAAGUGCCACCGCCUCGGGUGGCUACCGAAGGGUCAAAGACAAUAUUCGAUCGUGUCUAGAUCUACGAUCUCCUCUGGCCUUGCCGUUGAUCGCCCUCCUGACCGACGGCGAUGAUGGUAUCAAAACUUUCGGUGAAUGCCCGCUACUAGAGAAGUACCGCAGCGACAAAGAUAAGUUGGCUAAGGCGAAGGAUUUGGGCGAGGAAGCCUUCAAAAAGGCCCUGAAGGCGUGGGGUGGCACCUCAGAGACCGAGUUUACAGACACCCAUCUGGAUGAAAACCUGAAGCAUGCAUUGAGUGCAUGGAACGAGAUCUAUGGGAAGCUGGAUGUUUCGCCCGUCAGCAGUCAAGAGUCCUUGUAUGUGGAAGUGGACAGCCAGCCAGCGAAAGCCAGCAAACAAGUCCCUGUCAAAGGAAGAAACGAGGAUGGUGUGCGUUCGGGAAAGACGGAUAUGCUGAUGUGGGAACGCGACAAUGAACGCUCUAUUGCAAGGCCACUGUGCCUGAUGGAAGUCGGCCUAACUCCACCGUACACUUCGUGGGAGAAGAUUCAUCAGGGCCUUAUGUACCAGUACGUUGAGAUGAUGCUCAAUUCGGAGCGUUUCAGAGCCACGAAAGCGGACGGGGAUUUAAAACAAAUCAGCUUUGACCGUCCAAUGCUUCUCAGCUCUAUCCUUAUGGGCAAGAAUGGUGCGCACUGUGAAUUUGGAUUAUUUCUUUGUGUUCCUGUCGCUCCUUCGAACGGCGCAGAACACGGAGAAUUCCGCGUCAUGCUUCUGUGGCGGAAGAGAGUCGACAACAAUCUAAACGAGGUUUCGGCAGCGUUUGGUAAAGUCUUUCAAGCUUCGAUCGCCCUACAGAUAUGGAGGAAAGAAAUGAUUUGGUGUGACUUCGAGUAUUUGGGACCGAACUGCGCAAGAGUCGGAGACCGGCUUUACCGAUCGUACGACACCCGCUUUCGUCAAACAGACCGCCCCCCCAACCUUUAUUUCCUGGACGAUGAUGCAAAUGCUGGAAAUGAGGAAUACGUGGGCGAAGAAAAGAAGGUGGGGGAAGAGCCAACGCCCAUGGCUGGAUUCCAUUGGUAUCCUUCUUCUCCCGGAGAAAAACCAAGCGAGAAUGAAGCCACCAUAAAUAUCUUUGCGGCCUCCUAUUGCGAUCCUCAAGAGGCGUCUGGUUUUGGUUCCGCUCCUCAUUCAGGAGACAAGAAGGAAUGGUUGUGGGAAAACAAAGGGAGACUUCUCGUCAUUUCUGUCCCUUAUCGUAUUGGGGUUCACACGGCCGAAAUUCUCUCCGAUUUUGUCCCCUUAAUGAAGCAUCUCGACCAUCUUCAUGCUCAUGGCAAGGUGCACGGCGACAUACGCGCAUUCAACAUGGUAUUCCCACAGAAGCAAAACGAGCAAGGGGAGAAGGAGUCCAAAGGAUGGCUAAUUGAUCUUGAUUUUGGUGGUGUUGCUGGGAAGGCAAGUUACCCUAAUAAUUUCAACUACAACUUGAGCGAUGGGUUUCGGCUUCGCUCAGAAGCUGGGUCAAUCCAAAAAAUGCACGACUUUUACGCCCUCUGCCAAGUUGCCCUGAGAGUGCAUAUUCCACUUGGAAGAGAAGAAGAGGAUGCGUUUGGAGUGAAAGCAUUUGGACUCACCAACAAAUUUAUAAACGAAAAGGAUUUCGAGGCAGAUAAGAAGAUGUUGGAGGACUUCUUGUGUGAGUACGGAAAAGUGAAGCUAGGAUUGAGUCAUAAUUUCGGCGUUGAGAUCGGAAAGCUUGACAACCAAGAGAACCGAAAGCUUGACUACCAGGUAGUACCAAGAGAAACCAAAAAACAACAACGAACAAGGACAUGAAAAGGUAUCCCCCCGAAAGGAUGUCGCAACGAGUAACUCGAGUAGUUUGUAGAUUAAUCGAUAGACUGUUGGAUUUAUCGAUG